AUUGCUAUGGUUACCCGAUAACCAGCGACUAGACUGCAAGAGCCGGCCGCCUCAAGAGGGGCCAGUGAUCUGAUCAGCCAGCGAGGCAGCGUGAUGGCGGUUGUUCGGCCCCGCAGGGUGGUGGAGUGCGGCCUGGAGGUGCCGCGAGGUGUGGUGUACCAGGGCUGGGAGCCGGGAGGCGAGUACACCAAGACCUUGGUGGUGAAGAACGUCCAGCUGCGGACACAGAGGAUCAAGUACACAAUCAAGGGGGACCAGUUCCACAGUGCAGUGUACCCUAGGCCCAUCGUUCUGAGUGCAGGGAUGAGCUACACACUACCCAUUGUCUUCAAGCCUAGAAAGAAGGAGCCAUGUGAAGAGAGUAUUGAGCUAGAGACCUCAGAGGGUGCAGUAGAGAUCUCGCUGCGAGCCGUCCUGCCGUCUGUGGUUGUAGCUCUACCGGAGAGCCUCAAGUUUGGGCUCUGUGCGGUGCAGGACAGUCUCAGUCUCGACUUUCAGAUCUCCAACACCAGCAAUGCCAGCACAUACUUCUCCUGGGAGUGCCCAAGGUGUUUCACGGUAUCACCAGAGACCGGAGAACUCCCACCAAAAUCUUCGUUGAAUCUUUCAGCAACAUUCUCACCAGAAUCGGCUCUGGUGUACCGUGGGACGGCCACCUGCACCUACUAUGGCAGGGAAGGAGUGGGGGAGAAAGCUGGCCUCGUUCAGCUGAAAGGAGUAGGGAAGUACCCUCACGUGGUAGUCCGUGCGCCGCCGGUGUCUGGUGCUGAUAGAGCAUGCAAAACAAGAGGAGGAGGGGAGAGAAGGGAGGAGCGCGAUGGAGGGGUGGGCACAGAAGGAGGGAGAGGAGAGGAGGAGAGAGGGAGAGGGGAAGAGGUUGUCGCCAGUAGAGGUGGAGGGAGGCAAGAGGUUGUGGUGAGGUUUGGGGUGGUAGCUGUGGGCACCAGUGGCCAGAGGUGGAUCGAGCUGGUCAACGUUUCAGCUGUGACGGCGGUUGUCUCGGUUCUCCCAUCAAGCCACUCUCGACUCACCCCGGCACACUUCUCCUGCCCUCACUCGCCCAUCACCGUCCCUCCCCACUCCUCUCACCGCCUCCCCCUCACAUUCACACCCUCCCUCCCCUCCCCACACUCCCUCUUUGCUCUCUUUGAAGUCAGAGUUCAAGGAGGCCUCUCCACUACCACUGUCAAGUGUGUUGGAGCAACUAAAGUUCCUAGAGUGUCUAUUGAGGAAGAGGUGGUGGAUUUUGGGAGUAUGUCAGUUGGACAGUCGGCCACUGCAGUACUGCAUGUCAGGAAUGACUCUGAUGUCACAACCCUCUUCCAGGUACAGCUGGAGCCGGGGAGUGUGUUCAGAGCAGACUGCACAUGCGCCAGACUCCCUCCUCGCUCCACCCACAAGAUCCCCGUCCACUUCACUCCACAGAGGCCAAUACCACACUGCAAGAGAGUCGCCUGCCUUGCCCAGCACCAGGAGCCACUGUUUGUGUACUUGAUUGGAACUGUUUAUUCUGAGACCAUUAGACCUGUUGUAUUGCAGCCAAAACAUGUCAGGGACUACAUUGCUAAUGCACAGGCUGGCAUCACUAAACUUCCCCCUGAGAGAGUGGCACAGUUCCAGGGGAGAGAGAAGCUGACCACCAGCGACACAACUGGACUAGUAGUUCAACCUCACGCCAUCACCUCUGAUCAUCUGUCUGCAACAGCUCCCACCAGAGAUGCCCCCAUCCUCCCAUUCGCAAACUAUCUUCACUCACAGCACGAUCCAUCUGGUGUAGCCCAUGUGAGUGUGGACUCCCAGGAUCUUCAGUUUGGCUUUGUCUCUCCUCAGAGUGUCUCUGACUCCAAGAGUGUGCAGGUGACCAACCAUACAGAGGAGACUGUUGUCUGUGUCUGGAUGACUGAGAGUGGAGGGACAUUCUCAGUGACUCCUCAGGAGAAGGAGAUAGUGCCAGGAGCCACCUCCCUCUUCACUGCCCUCUUCUCACCUAAGCAUGCAGGGAAGUUCUACUUUGAAGAGCUGGAGUGCUACAUCUUUUACAAAGGUCUGCAGUGCUACCAGAGUGUGUCAGGGGCAGCGGCGGUGACACUGCCAUGGUGUCUGAGUGUGAGAGCCCAUGGUCACUCCUUCACUGCCAACACACACACCUUCAUGCCCAACCUGAAGUUUGAGACUCGAGACCUUGUGUUCCCAGCCAGUGGACCACUGGAACCAGCGUACCGGAGUAUGACGGUAUGGAAUGAGGGAGACACUCCGGUCUUGUUUGAACUCCCACCAGACUCCAAACAGAUAUUUACAAUCAAACCUCUGUCUGGCCUGAUUCCCAAGGGGCACCAUCAGACCUUUGUGAUGGAGAUGAUGCCUCGUGAGGCAAAGACGUACAAACACAUCACUCACUGUGUCCUGAACGCUACCACCAACUACACCCAGGAACUCCUUUUGUCAGGAACUGCAGAGCUCAGUCCGGUCCAGUUGGAGAAUCAGGGCCGGCUGUUUUUCAAGCCGACAUGCGUUGGAACCACGUCAUCAGCCAGCCUCCGGAUCACCAACACCGCACACCUUCCUCUCAGGUACGAGUGGAGAAUAAGUGGAAGGGGUUCAAAGGUUGUUGACGUUGACCUUCGACAGGGUACAAUCCUGCCAUCUGAGUCACAGAGCCACCAGUGGCAGUUCUCGCCAGUGGAUGCCUCCUCAGUGGCUCUACAGGCAAUACUCCACACCUCCACCAUCCACCACCACCACCACCACUGGCAGUACUACUAGUGGCCAGCCGAGACCCAGACGAUACAAGGUGUCCCUCGACCUCUUUGGUCAGGGACUGCUGGGAGAUGUACAGUGCUCUCCAUCUAGUCUGGAGUUUGGUACAGUCACGAUGGGGACAUCACACACCCUCACCCUCACCCUCCAUAACCCCACACUCUCCACUCUCUACUACUCUCUGGACACUGUAUCCUCCACUUCCAAUGACCAACAGGACUUGCAGAGUGGAGGAGAGGACAUUUCACCAUCACCACAUGGAGUGAGGCUGGAUCCAGGUGAGGGUGUUCUGCAUGCCCGGUCCAGUCAGGUGGUCCGUGUCACAGUAAGACCAACUAGGACAGUGUCCUACAGCGCUGCCAUAUCCUGUCGCCUCAUCUCUACCAAUCCAGCUGUAGCUGCAGCUGAAGGUUGCAUGAUCUGUACCCUGGAGAUUACAGGGGCCUACCCUUCUCUGGAGGUAACUGACGUUCACGGACUGGAAGUGGCCAACGGAAUGAGCAAGGCAAAGCUCUGGCACAUGCUCUCCAUUGACAAGGUGAACAGUCACCUCCAGGAGGACCCCUCUCCCUCGGAGCUGCGCUACGCCAUAGCAACCCGCCACUCAUGCGACGCAAGGUGUCCUUCCACACGCACGCCGUCGAGGAGUUCAACUUUGGAGCCGCCCGGCCGGGCAGCGGUCGCAGUGUGGUUCACCUUGUUCUGGUGAACAGUGGCAGAGUGGAGGCGAGAUGGGGGUUCCAGUUCCCCACUGACAUGCACCUGGAACCAGAGUACUGGGCCGACUCCGGGUCCCUGGACGAGGUGGAACGACAUCAUCACAAUGUCAUCACCAACCAACUGUUCACAGUGUCUCCCAAGACUGGGACACUGGCUCCAGGAGAGAGCACGUCCAUUCUCUGCUCUUUCAAACACACUCACAUUGGUAGCAGCAGGCUGCCUGUUCUUCUCAAAGUUCAUCUCGGCAGGGAGAUACUGUUGAACUGGAGUGGAGUGACGGUAGAGAGAGGAGUCCCUCGUAUGUUCUUCACCUCCCACCACCACUCCUUCCACCCUACUCCCAUUGGUCUCUCCUCAUACCCCAUUCAGACCUAUGAGAUGUACAAUGCAGGAGAAGCCACCGUGACAUACGAGGUGGACACUGGCCCACUGGAGGCCCUCUCCACAGCCAACUACCUGGUGCCAGUCCUCCAGUGCCUGGCGGGCCAGGGAGAGGUCCCUGCCUCGCGGGGCUGCCUCUCUCCCCUUCAUCUUCUCUCCUCUGGAGGCCAGGACCUACUCCGUGGAGGUGUGUAUCUCCUUCUCUACUGGGGAGAGUGUUCUAGUGACAUUCUCUGGCCAGGGAGUGGACCCACUGUCUCCCUCUCCUUCCUCCCCUCGUCCACCACUUCAGUCUCCGCCCCCACCUCUGUCUCCCCCACACGACUGCCCGGCCAGACAGCCGGACUAUCCACGGAGCACCUGGCACUUGGUCCCCUCCCUCUCUUCUCCCCCACCAGACGUCUCGUGUUCCUCACCAACCAUCACCAAACUCACACCCUCUCCUUCUCCUGGCUCCUCACCUCCGCACAGCCUGCGGCCGAGGUGGUGUCGGUGUAUCCAGGCGAGGGGUACGUUGCCCCGGGCAAGAGCUAUGCCUGUCGAGUCACGUUCUACUCACAGUCCUCUCCUGCUGUGUAUGACCUCGACGUCAUCUGCAAGGUGGUAGAUGAGACGGAGAUGCAGGGAUACCAGGAGAAGAUGGAGGAGUGGACGAGACGACAGGAGAACAAGAGACACCAUUUCACCAUCUCACACCAUCCUCCUCCUCCUCCUCCUCCUCCUACCACCAACACCACUCAACAGGUGGGCAGUAAUGCCUCUAACUAUAUAUGGACAGAAUACUGAAGGGUAACACGUAACAACUGAGUACGCGGUUUUUACAUGUUACAAUGGGUAAAUGUAACAAAAUAACGCUUUGAAAGGGGCAAAAACAAAUUGCCUGAUUUUUCCAGAUGUAAUGACCGACUGACAACAAAUGCGUCGCUAGUUACGAUGAAUUCUCCCCUGCUGUAUGUUUUUCCCCAGACCAUCCCCAGACAGUUGUCCUCGAACUCUGACCUCAGAGGCUCCCGCUACCAAGUUCUACCUCCAAUAGGAGCACACCCUCAUGACAUGAGCUACAAGAAUGGAA